UAAUAUUAUCAUCGCAUUUAUUAGCAGAUAUUAGUGAUUGAUGCGACAAAUCAGUGUUGAUCUUGAAGAUUAACAACCCUUUACCAGGUGCCCGUGAAAAAAAUAACAGUAGCAAUUUGUGACCCGAGAAAACUACAAGAAUGAAAAUUACAUUGGUGUUGAUGCUGGGCCUGUGUGCCCUAGCGGCCGCUGCACCUAACGCUGAAAAACCAACUCCGUUUGAAGUCAACGCUGAAGCGUUGGCCGAAUCACCUGAAAGCCGUAACCUCCUCGUGAACGCGCUGAUCCGCCAACUGAUCGCCUACAUCCGCCGCGUCAUCAACAAUGGCUCAUCCAUCUUCGGCAUCCCGCCCUUGGACCCCCUGGACUUGGAACAUCUCCAUCUCUACAUCCCAGCUGGUCUUAUUAACUUGGACUUGGAGCUGCAGAAGAUAUUCGUGACUGGUAUCGGUGGCUUUGUGGUGCACAGGAGCAACCUCAACCUGCACGACCUUACCUUCGACUUGGACAUCUCUGUGCCAAAACUUGACAUUUCUGCGGAGGAAUACGACCUGAUCGGUGAUUUCUUCACUGCCAUCCCGCUGUACGGAAAAGGAAGUGCGAAAUUCGAAGUAGAAGGAUUCAGGUUCCAAGCUAAAUUGUUCCUUAAACAAUCAGACGAUGAAAAAUCCGUUCUCAUCGACAGAGUAGAAGAUGCAACCUUUGUCCUUCCUCAUUUCAAGUGUCAACUAACGGGAGUUAUCGGCGGUGGCGACAUCGACGGCAUCGUGAACUCCAUGGUUGAAGAGGUGAUCAUAGACUACGUGAACAGGUUCCAGGGCGCCAUCUCCUUGGUCGCUUCACAGCUCGUUGUAGCUGGACUCAACCCCGUCCUCGAUCAGUUGAACACCUGGUCUUACAUCGCCGUCCUGCUACCCCGCGCUUGAGUUACAAAGACUAUAUUUUGAUAUAAUGUACCUGUAUGACAAUGUGCUUAUCACUUACCAUGUGUACAAGUGAGACAUGACUGAACCGAACUAUGACGUUACGAAGAUAUUAAAAUAUUGUACGUUA